UGGGGAGCAGAAUCUACCAUAGUUGUCAUCUUCGUUAAGGCUCUUGCCUUGUCUACAGCGAUAGAAGACUUUCGCUGGAGCCCGUAUCGAGGUCAAAAUGUCAUAAAUAACUUCACCUACGCAACCAUCCCGACGAUCGAGCUAUAGGGCCGACGACGCAUUCUAAUGGUCUGUGCCUUCGCAUAAGGCAUCUGCUGGCUACUGAUCACGGUGAUGCUGCGAUUCGGUGACGAGGACGGCGGCGCGAACAAGCAUGUGUACGGCGACCGAGCUGUAUCCUUCUUCUUCGUCUACUAUGUCUUCUUCGGCCUAAGCUUCCAGGGCAUCAGAUGGCUGCUCCCGGUCGAGCUCAACUCGUUGAGCAUGCGAACCAAGGGCGCCGCGCUCGGCACCGCCACCAACUCCACGAAUUUCAUGGUCGUGGAGAUCACGCCCGUGGGCAUCCAGAAUCUGAGGGGGAAGUUCUACAUCACCUCUACGGUGUUCAACUUUGCGUUUGUGCCCAUUGUGUAUCUCUUCUACCCGGAGACGGCCAACCGGUCGCUGGAGGACAUCGAUCGCUUCAUGCAGGAGAGCAACGGAGUCUUCGUCCAUAAUGUCCCGGAGGCAACCGGGGUCGAACGUCCGCUGCGAUUCGUGGCGUUGGAGAAUGAGCGGCUUCAACUCGGGGCGACGAUCGCGGAGGGGAAGAUGGGAGCUGGUCAGAUGGAGCAUAAGGAGACUGUUUAGUUGCAUAGCAUAUUUUGUUUGUUUGUGUAUACAAAUGGUGGUCUCUGUAACAUUGCUUGUCAAACUAAUUCGACACCAGGCGGGUCGUCCGAAAA